UCAAUAGAGAUCGUCACGCGCUUGAUAUAUUACACAUAACAUGAACUACACGGAUAGGGCAUACAUUAAACAUGUACACAAAGUAAACUUUAGACGGGUAUUCAUUUAUGCAUGGAAUGUUUAAACAUUAUACAAAGACGGAAGCUAUUUUAUGAUCAUCAAUGACAUCAGUGUAACUGACAGUGACAACACAUGGGGGAAUGGGGAAUGUAGAAAUAUACAGCCUCAACAACAACAACAACAACAACAAUUAAGUCAACAGAUCAGGAAAUGAAAAUAACAUAGGAUGCUCGUAAUAUGUCGUAGACGCAUUGGUUGUGCUAAAUUGAAUGUUUGUCAGACUUUGAUGGGAGUGAUUGUAGAGAGCACCUGCCGAUCAGCAUGACAAACAGAAAAGUGUUCAUCUGGUUUCGAAUAUUUGGAGGUAUUAUUGCUAUGGUUACAGUAUAUAUCCUGAUGUUCGUUAAUAUUCAGCUAGACUUAACAGGAUAUGUACCAGCACCAAUCUCCUACACUUUUGAAAACAUGAAGGAUCUGUUUCGCAGAUCAUCAAAUAUAACAACAGGUAGAACCAAAACUACUAAUAGUAUGAUUCUUACUGCCACUGAUUUCUAUGACGGUGUGAAACCUGAUCGGGAGCAAAGUUUUAAUGCAAGUAGUUCUAAGCACAAUAAUUCUUGGAAAUACAUUUUAUGGUAUAAUCCACCGGAUUGGAUGAACAUUGAACAUGAAAAUAACAUGCUAACAUCACUCUGUGCGUUUGACAAUUGCAGAAUGUCAACAAAUCAAACAGAUAUACAAAAAUAUUCUGCAAUUAUAUUUUCAUUUAGAGAACGAUUGACUCAUGUGCCCCCAAUUUCACGGAAAGAUAGGAAUCCAGACCAAGUGUGGAUCUUUUUCUAUUCAGAAUCACCAGUUCAUCACGGUAAGGUUGCAUACAGGCAUGAAAACUGGAGAGAUACUAUGAAUUGGUCAAUGGGUUACAAUUUGGAUGCUGAUAUUUUUCGACCGUAUGGAGUCCUAGAGAUGAAGAAGGAAAUUUUAGAAAGAAAUUAUAGCGCUAUAUUUCAUCGUAAAACAAAACUUGUGGCAUGGGCCGUUAGCCAUUGCGGAGCACCCAGUAAACGGGAUGACUUUGUGACUGAACUGGCCUCUUAUGGAGUUCAGAUAGACAUAUUUGGUAAAUGUAAAGACAACAAAUUUAAAACACAUGAAGAACUAUUUAAGAAUAUAAGUAGAAACUACAAAUUUUAUCUAAGUUUCGAAAACAGUUUGUGUAAAGAUUAUGUUACUGAGAAGUUUUUUUCAUAUUACAAUUUGGAUGUUGUUCUUAUCGUAAGAGGAGGAUUGGAUUACGACAAGUAUCUUCCUAAUGAUACGUUUAUAAACACAGCACAUUUUAAUUCUGCUAAGGAACUAGCUAGCUAUAUUCUCAGAGUCGGUUCUUCCGAGGAAUCUUAUACUAAUUAUUUUCGUCAAAAGGAUAGAUACACAGCUAAACAUGUAUUCCAAAUUCCGUUAACCACAUGUAGUCUUUGUAAAAAACUUAACAACCUGAAUGAAAGCAGAAAAUCGUAUGGAGAUCACGUGUCCUAUAUGCACGAGAAUACGUGCUGGAAUCCCACAGAUAUAUCACAAACAACAUUGUCAUUAUCAAAAAUUGUACCUUUUAUAUUAUUAAUAAUACUCGUAGUUAUUUUGAGCUAUAGGCGUUUGAAAUUUUUAUAUGAAUAUUAUUUGAAUAAUUGUUCCAAUAUUUGAAUUAGUCAUUUCUUUUCAAAAUGAAACAGUGAAUAAAGAUAUCAGUAUUUUUCA